AGGACGUGGCGGCCGCGACGUCAACUCGGGGAGGCCAACGUCUCUCGCGCCGAGACAAUUGCACCCGAUGCCGACCGAAGCUUCAGCAAGGGACGGCGGCAAGGGGGCGGAGGGCCGGGCACGGACCAGAAACUCCUCUGAAGGAACGUGGAGAAGAGAAGAGAAGGGACGGGACGAGGACGAGGACGAGGAGGAGCGCAAGGCAGGCAGUGGAGAAAUCUGCACAUGGGAGCGCAAUUCUGUGCACUCGCGAGGCCAAUUCUCUAGUUAGCGAAGUGGACUCGAGUCGGCGGCAGCUAACGGGACACAUCUCGGAGCUCUGGAGGUUUAGUAGUAAUACUCGGGCGUCUUCGAGCCGAGCUCGAGCUCGAGCUCCAUCUGGUCAGUGGGUACUGUAAUCAUCGGGCUGAAGGAGAUGCGACCGACCGGGGUAGAGACGCAGAGACAGAGAAGUUCGUGAUCACACUCAUGGAGCUCACGGUUGCAGGCUCGGUAGUUGCAGCAGGCAGCGCUGUUGGGAAGGACUCGCAGCUUUGGGAAGAUGGAAAACUUGCCGACGGCUUCGGUAGACUUUGAAUACUCGAGCGCAGGAAUUUUCGAUGUGUGCUCUCAUGUCAGCGAUGCCCGGGCUCUCGGUCACCGCUAGACCCGACGGUAGACGAUAUCUUACGGACCGUGCAGGAGGAGGAGGAGGAGGAGGAGGAGUAGUAGUAGUAGCCGGGGCACUGAGGUCUCUCUCGGGAAAGGAUAGAUGUAUUAUGGUCGCGGCGACAACGUGUGCUGGAGCUUUUCUCUCGUUCGCAAGAGGAAGAAACCAAAGGAGUUGGGACAUUUAAAUUAGAGCAGCGAGAUCAUCGUGGUGUCGUUACGCGUCGUCACCCCGUAGGAGUGCUUAGCGCUUACAAAAUUGGCCGGGACGGAUCUGAUAAGUACGGGGAGUCGGUUUCAUCCUCGACAGCUUGCAGAAGCACGAACUCCUAAGUCCGUGCUUCUGUGAUUUUUACAGUACAUCUGUCGUCUGGAUAUGGGUCCGGGAGUUGACUCCGUCAGCAAGAGGCCUUGGUUCUGAAUUAAUCGCUGUAAGUGGAAGUGGAAGCUAAUCGCUUCGUCAAAUUUUACGCACCGUCGUAGAUUCUUUCCACAGCCGCCUCCCGCUCACGACGUUCUUCGUUACACAGCGCCACCAUCGGUAGGAAAUCCGAGCUGCUGUAGUCUACUGCUCGGUGCAGGAAGUGGGGACCUCUUUGGAAACACCACGUCUUCCUCGGAUUGUUGCGUACGUGGUGUCGUUGCUUAAUCGGUGGGAAUAUUUUGCUGCUUGAACGACAGGACACGUGAUCGUCAGCUUACAAUUCCAGAAGUCCAAUUUCUAGUUAGUCACAGCGGCCCUCACUUUUUUUCACACAUCUGUUCAGUUUAUACUUCUAUGCGAAGGAUCGAGACAUGUCGGUUCAAGAGAGAGACUCCCAUGAGGAGUCCGGUUCUCUGUUCAAGGAAGUCUACGAGAAGAAACAAAAUCUGCGUCGCAUCGCCUCGGAAGUCGGAGUUAUGGCUGCGGAGUUGCAGAAAGUCCGCAGUCGAGCCGUCGCUCGAGAGGCUGCGUUGCAGGAGGAGGCUGCCAAACGACAGGUUGCCGAAGCUCAAGCGAGGGAGUUGGCGCGACAGUUGGAGCAGAUGCACAAAUCUCAAGAAGACACAAGCUCGCAGGCCCAGAGCUCUGCCACACUUGUCGAGAAGUAUGCCAUUGAGAUUGCAGAAUUGCGGGACAGGCUUUCUGUGUCGGAGGAAGUUGCCGAAGCGAUGACAGGGUCCGCACAUUCUGCCCAACUACAGGUCGAGGCCCUGCUGAAGGAAAUUGAGGAGAAGAACCUGGAGUUACAGGAGCAGAGAAACCUCAUUGUGAUUUUGGAGGAGCAAUUAAGAGAGCUACAAGAUGAACUCAGGCGGAAGGAGAGCUCGCAGAAGCAGCUGAGAUUUGAAGUUCAGGACCUGGAGUCCCAGAUUGAGAUGUCUCUAGGGAGAAGCUACGUGUCGAAGGAAUGCGAGUUUCGUAAGUUGCUGAACGAAGUGUCAUCGCGGAAUAUCGAACAUCUGGAGAGAUAUUUAUUAGCCAAAGAUGACGAAAUAGCACGACUAAAACAAGACGUCAAAGUGGCUGGUACCGAAUUAAGGUUGAAAACUCUCGAGCUUGAUGCACAGUUGGAGAGACAACAACGAGCAGAUCAGGAGCUGAGGAAGAAGGUGGUCAAAUUGGAACUGAGCUUGCAGGAGGCUCGAUCGCAAGCGAAGAAGUUGAAGAAGAUGUCGGAGAGGAAGGACAAGGAAAUACAGAAUCUUCGAGCUCAGGUGUGGCUACGAGAAGCAGCCAACGACUCUUCGAAGGGGGCUCAAUUCUGGAACAACUUCAGGCUUCCGACGGUUUUGUCCAUGUCUGCACUCGCCCUCGUUUGUCUCGUGAGGCACUAGAAAACCGACUCUCUCGCCUCCAGUACAGCACGGCAUUCCUUCCACGCCCGGCAACGAUGUACAAUAGAAUGGCGACUUCGAAACCCCUCCCCACCACCAACACCAACAUCAAAAAAAGGCAAAAUACACCCACCGGAAAAAGGAAAAGAAGUUAGGAGAUGCGCACUGUUUUAUGGUAUUGCUCACCACCACCACCUCGUGUACUUUAAAGUCCGAUUCUUCACUGCUCGUCUUCUCCAUCCUUCCCUUCGAGUGCCGAAAUGCAAUUUCGUCCGUCAUGACUGACUCCCGAGGCAUUUCACUGCACAUCAACACAGUUUCUUCUCUUCUGCCCCACGGAUCUCUCUUCUUACAGGCAAUACAAAAAGGUAUUUUCCGCUCCUCAACAUUUCUUUUGACUUCAGCCUUCGUCUCGAGUAGCACAGCACUGGCGUAUGCACAUACCGCUCCCAGUAUUAGUAUUUAGCAAACCUGGGGUUUUGAUCGGUGGGCUAAUUUUAAGCAGUCCAGUAUGUGUCCUUACCUACUAGUCGCUCGCUCAUCUGGCAGCACAGCACAGCUCAGAGCAGCUCAGCUCGCCUUGUACGAUCCUGGGUCCGGAUGGUGUGGACCUCUCUCUCUCUCCCCAUCAUCACGCGCACACUCCGUCCGGCCCCGGGAGAUGUAGAUCGGAAACUUGUAGAAACGACCCUCCUUCUUAGUGUACCAUGAGAAAUUUUGUACAUGUGUAGUUAUAUCUCGGAAGUAGAAGAGUUGUAGAUAUUGAGAUGGUCACACCAUCAAAUCGAAUUGUAAUUCUUAUAGUAUACGGCUGCUUGCGAAAUGAAUAUAUUUAUGUAUGAGAAGGACGGCGUCCCUGUCUCUGUCUCGGUCUC